CUACUUCCCAAAUGACGAUUUGUACAGUCAUACGACUUCAUCGGUGAUGGUUUAGAAAUCGAUUGCCACAAGUCGUCAUCUCCGAGACUUGUAUAGUCGGUAACCAUGACUCGCGGUGCAGAAUUCCUCAAACUAAUAGCGGAAUAUAUAAGUAAGACGAAAAAAUUCGAGCGCAAUCUCAAAAUGCUGAAUUAUCUUUCUUUGGAAAACGGACAGGCCAAAGUAAAAUUCACUGUAACCGAAGAUCACAUCAAUACUGAAGGACACUUACAUCCAGGGCUGACGACAACGUUAAUCGACGUUUUAUCCAGCCACGCACUGUUGGUUCAUGGAGACGGAUUUUCGGGAGUAUCGACGAACAUUCAUGUCUCACUAAGUCAACGAGCUUCCGUCGGCGAUUUGAUACUGAUCGAGGCUAAGGUCUCCAAACUCUUGGAACCAUUGGCAUUCGUUGAAGUCGAAUUAUUGAGGAAGAAUGGAAUGGUUGAAGAAGUCGUUGCACGUGGUCAACAUACUUUAUUCGUAAGGCCUGGAGUACAUUACAGCAAAAGUUGAGGAUAAUAAAAUUUAUGCAUGCUAAAAUUGCAGUAAGUAAUUCGUGAAUUGGAUAUUAAGUUCUUGGUGAGAAAUUUCUAAGAAAAACAAAAUAUAAAUACGUCAGAUGUCGAUUAUCGAAAAAAAUUGUUAAUAUUUUGAUUGCGGUUUUUGGCUCAUUAUCCACAGUUAUCUUCAAGAUGUAACGAUAAUAGAAGAAGUAGAAAUUUUUCAGGUUGUUGAGCGAGAAAAUUUUCAUUUGUCUGGUUCUUUAGGUGCCAUUUUAUUCAAGCGUAAUUAAUCAAACAUUGGAAUAAUCAAGUGGAAAAAAACGAUUGGCGACCUGUUGCAAAUCAAAGUGGCGAAAAAACAUAUUGAUUAUUUUUCUUUUAUCACCAUUUUGAUUUGCAACAGGACACCAACGGAUUUUUGCCGUCUUGAUUAUUAAUAUUUUUGACUAAUUACACUCAAAUAAAAUGGUACCUAAAGAACAGAACAAAUAAAAUUGACGCGCUUAUUUUGACCUUUCUCUGUUCUUUGAUGUAAUUUUUCUUAAUUUUCACCACCGAUGCCGGUUUUACGUAUCUGAAUUUCUGAGGAGGUCAAUUCACAUUUAGUUUAUCUUCUUUUUGACCUGAUGACACCGAUAAAAAUUUCUAAAUACACCCUACAAGGUCGAGAAAAAUACCCUUAAGAAAAAAAAUAAUAGAAGAAGGAAUCCGUCGCCUCAUCAUCGCUCGCAUGGAACAGAAAUGAGGCUGCGGAAGAUCGAUUUCUCAUUUGCAGACUUAAUUAUCUGGGAAACUCGGCAGCGUAAAUCCGAAUGAAAGUCGUUCGCUCGUUAUUUUAAUUCGGAUUAUUCGGUAACCACCUACCAACCUUAUUAUACACGUCCUCAAAAGAUUCGCAACCUGACGACCCUUAGAGAACGAGCCGAGCUGGUUCUCCUCGAUGAUGAGGUGCGAAAUGACGGCUAACGAAAAUUUCUCAUGGGAGAUGCUGCUCCCUCGGAUUCUACGUUGCAGGUAACUCUUCGUAGAAUCAGCAAUGGUGUUAAUUAAUCCCAAAUAUAACGUAGACUCCGUGAUAAUGAGUAAAAAUAAGUUUGCAUUCGAUUUUCCUCUAUAGUCGGGUCUCCCAGUUAUUUCAAACUUGUGUAAUUCCAUUUGUACCAUGAAAUUGUACUAAUAAAUUCGACGUACGGAAUCCCUUGA